AUGCAGAGCCAGACGCUCAGGAGCAAUGGAGACGUUGAAGGUCGCCUUCAGAGGCUGGAACGCGCAGUCUUUGCCGCCGCCGUCAGCAAUGCCGGAGUGUUGCCCCCUCGGCCAGGGGCUCCACUGUGCAGGUUCGAUGCAUAUACUCCUUUUGGGUUCAAGCUGCCGUCUGUGCCCGUGAGCAGGAACUCCGAUGGUGAGGCUGUACCCUACGCCACGCAGCUUUCGAUCAAGCUCCCUCCCUUUGUCGGAGCAAUACAACUGUUCGAACACUUUACGCAAAUAUGCCAGCCAAACUGGGGCGUCUUACACAUUCCUUCCACGAGGGCGUUGCUAUCGAGAACGUACCAGUCCCAAGAGACUGGUGAGCCGAUUGCAAUUGCGGACCUGCUACUGUUGUUUAGUAUCUUUGCCGCUGCCGCCUUCAAUUGGACCCCGUCGUUGCUGGAGACAUUCAAGUCGACGCCUGCCGAUGCCAAGGCGGUGUUUACAAGCUUCAACGCCCUCGCCUUGUCGGUGCUUGACAAUGAUGUGUCGCCAGUGAGGCCCUCGACCACGGCCCUCGCCGCGCUGAGUAACCUGGCGCACCUGAGCACCAACUCACGUGGGCUGUCCGACAAUGUUCUCCUGUUGCGUGUCAGAUGCCUCCUCAUGGCGCGGUCUAUGGGUGUUGACCGUCUCGACACACGCAAGAGUCGCGAGGAGCGUGCCCGGAAGGGGUGCAACGAGAUUGAGCUGCAGGUCCAACGACGGGUUUGGUGGAAUCUGGUCGGGUUUGACUGGUUGAAUGCGUUUCCGGGGAGCUCGCACGAGGGCACGUAUAUGAUACAGCCAAGGCAUAUGAACGUCGGGUUACCAAGCAACGCCCCUGACGAACUCAUUACGGAAGACAAGGCCGUGGACCUUCCUCUUGAUACGCCGACUCCCAUGUCGGCGUUUAUAUACCGCGUCAAACUGGCAGAGGUGUGCCGAAACGCCGUCGAUGCCCUGCCCUCCGCAUUACACGACACCGAGGACGCGGAUUACAGCGUCGUCAUGGAUCUAGACACCGCCUUCAACGACUACCUGCGCGACUUGCCAUGGUUCUUCCGUCUCGACGCGUCCAGCAUGAAGCAAUCCACGCAGGCAUGCACCGAGCAGCCCAUGCUCGCCGUCCACCGCGUCGGCCUCAACUUUAGCGCCCAGAUACGCCUCUGUCGCCUGCACCGCCCGUACCACCUCCUGAUGGCGGACUCGAGCAACGACCCGCGCCAUGCCUACUCGCGGACGGCGUGCGUCCGCGCCGCGCACACGGUGCUCGAGCUGCGGCGCGCCAUGGACGACAUCGGCACGCGCGUCGGGGUGCAGCCCGCGCGCUCGUGGAUCGUGAUGCAGCACGUCUUCAUCGCGGCGCUGAUCCUCGCGACGGACGUGUCGCGGGAUCCGGACCGCGCCGGGGGGCCGGAUGCGCGCAGGGCAAAGGUGCUGGCCGCGUGCAAGGUGCUGGAGCGCUCGACCGAGGAGGCGUCGGGCGCGUUGAUGGACGGCGUGCAGAAGAACCUCCAGACGCUCAUGGCGGCGCUGCGAGAGAAGCGGGAUCCCGCGUCGGUGCAACGGCCGGCGAGCUCGGCGGCGACGACAGCCAGGAGGCCAAGCUCACGAGCGGCAGCAGCAGCAGCCACGGCGGCGGAUGACGCGGGGCAGGGAAUCGUGAGUCGAGGCUCAGGGGGCAAUGUGAACCCUGGAGGAGCUACGCUUCCCGAAGCCAUGCAGGGCUUGGAAGGGACGGGAUCCUCGGACGAUGGAAGCCUCGAUCAGCUGUGGUCGGAUUUUCUGCACGUUGCGCCCCAGCUCGAUGUGCCGCAGUGGGAUCUGCUGCUGGACGACAUUGAGCUCCCGUCGUUUGCACUGUAG